UAGAUGGAGCUGUGCAGUGCUGGCGGGGGAGGACCCCGGCGGCAAGUCGCUAUUAUAAUACAAAGCUCUGCGGGGGGGGGGGCAGUCGGGUUUGAGAGUCAAUGAUUCACCCCGCUCCGCGUAACUGGAGACUACUAAUUCAGCUCAGGGUAUUGACAGUGCGAGCCGAGGGCGACAGCAAGACCCACCGCUGGGAAACUAGAGAGGAGCGGAGAGAAAGACGCACUGGAGAGAAAGGAGGUGCAUCUGCGUGGGGAAGCGGCAGGGAGACACGAUCCAGCCUUUCUCAGCCUUGCUGAAUUUUCCCAGCUUCCCCCCAGUAUCCUUGCUAGAAAAAAAAACUGCUUAAAAAUACACCUGACCUAACUCUGGGAAUAGGAUCUGAAACUGUGACAUCUUCGCAAUGAAGAAGAACAAUUCGGCAAAACGGGGCCCCCAGGAUCCCACCCAGCCGUCCUCUCAGCCGGACAAAAUAGGAUGGAUUCGCAAGUUUUGUGGCAAAGGGAUUUUCAGGGAGAUCUGGAGAAACCGCUUUGUAGUUCUGAAAGGGGAGCAACUCUACAUAUCCGAGAAAGAGGUGAAAGACGAGAGGAAAAUCCAGGAGGUGUUCGACCUGACGGACUACGAGCGGUCAGAGGAGCUGCGCAAGUCCAAGAGUCGCAGCAAGAAGAACCACAGCAAGUUCACCGUGCUGCGCUGCCAUCAGCCGGGGAACACGGUCCCAAACCUGGUGUUCCUGGCUGUCAGCCCAGAGGAAAAGGAGUCGUGGAUCAAUGCACUCAAUGUAGCCAUCACCAGGGCCAAAAACCGCAUUCUAGAUGAGGUCACGGUUGAAGAAGAGAACCUCUUGCUCCACCCCACACGUGACCGUGCAAAGAUUCCCCACACCCGACGUCUGCCCACGCGUGGUCAUAUCAUGGCUGUGGCAUCCACAUCCACAUCAGACGGCAUGCUGAUUUUGGACCUUGUGCAGGAAGAAGACAUUUCAGCGCCAAUUCAGUCAGAGCAGGGCGAGAAGAACCUGAAGGUAGACCUAGACGAGUCAGCACCACAGCCUGAUUCAGUAUGUCAACAGACAAACACUGAGAGCGCAAAAUCUCCUGUGAACAAUGUAGCAGUGGGCAAAGGACAGGGUCUACCUCAGAAAAGCAAGAUUACCUGGGAUGAACAGCAGUCAACAGGGCAAGUCCACAGCCCUGAGCCCGGCGAAAAGCGGACACCUGCAGAGAAGAGCCGGUGUGUCUCCAUGAACGAGAUCUCCAGUUCAGACUUGCGGGCAGUUAAAGGGGCGACCGCAAUUUCCCCAGGUGCCACGUCACCGCUGACCAUCAGCCAGUUGCAGGACCUAAUCUCCAAGAAGCUGCAGAAGACUCAGGAGCUCCUGGCUGAGGUGAGGGGGAAGCAGCAACGCAGAGAUAAAGACGCGUCCAACGAGAAACGCCUGGAGAGCAGGCACGCGGAGGCAGAGCGGCUGCUUCAGGAGGCCGUUACGGCCUGGAGUCAUGCUCGGGACGUGUUAGAGGAAGUCCGGCAGAUCCAGGCUCUGUCGCAGCAGUUGAACUCCACUGCUGUCAGCAACUUGACUUUGUCACAGAAUGGCAAGCAAAAGAUUCAAGCCACCAAAGGAAGGGUAUGAUGUGAUUUGGGGAUGAACAGCAUGAGAGACCACUGCUACAGCAUAGAGCGAGACAAAAAAAAUAGCAAUUCAAGGCACGGGUGGGAAUGUGUAUUCGUUUUUUUUUUUUUUUUUUUACGAUAGUUUAACUUUCACACCUACCCUGGGGUCAAAUUGACCCCAAAGGCACAUGUCAGGUGACUUCUCAUAGUAACAUAAUUAUUGUAGGAGCGCGUAAGAGUUAAGUUCACUCUCCACGCUAUGCUGGAAUGCAUAAACACGAAUGCACUGCCGCCUGCCAAUCUCCAUGGUGCGGGGUGCUUUGAACUUCCUUAUAAGUAUGCACUCUCAAACCGGAGGUUGGGAGGUCAGCCCUCGCUGUAAUCUGCUCAGCUCUGUAGACUCUGCCUUGUUUGAUGUGAAGAACUUUCGUAGUCUGGAUGGACUGUACCGUGAAGACCGGCCAUCUAACGCCUAGGUCAGCUAACAAGAAUCAGAACGUGGCAUCCCGACCAUGACGUGACGUACUGCCUGGUCUUUUUCUGUGAUGGCAUCCAGUGACAGCUGGUGUCGUAAUGGUUACCUCUUCCGUAAUGCAUGAUUGAGUAUGACUCCAAUGGGAAGAAAUACUGAGUGGACCAGCUGCAAGACCUUGUGGUCCAUGCUUUGUUAUGAGCUGGAAGAGCUCCAUAAUCAUCUUCCUGCAACAUCCCACGGGGAAGCCUAACCAAUACAGUAAUUUUGUUAAUUUCGGUGUUCAGAUAUGAUCUCGUUCAAGGUGGCAUAAGCCUCUCCCUUCAUGUGAGUGCAAUUGACGUAGCAAAACAGGUCAUUUUAUAUAGUUACCUUGGUUUACUAACUAUAUAUAUAUAUAUAUAUAUAAAGACAAAAUAUACAUUUAGAUAUUAUUUUUAUGUGACAAUCUGCAGAUCAUUUUUUGCCAGGGGUUUUGUGUCAUCCGCUCAUGAUCUGCAUUAAUUCACAUCUAAGUAUAAUAACCAGGUAAACACAACCAAGAACUGUCAGCAAGGUCAGAAUGUUCUCUUCUCCAACAAUCAACCAGUUCCACAAUUACUCUGACAAAUUUUAUUUUUUAAAUUCUGGGAGGACAUCGAUCCAUCCUGCCAUUAUUUAACAGAGAGUGACAGUCCCAACAAGAGCAGGACACAAGGCAGAGGGCACCCUGGACAGGACGCCAUCAUUGGGACUUUGGAAAUUCCUGUUUUAUUUCAACAGUUAGAGUGGAUCCAUCCAUCCAUUUUUUCACAACUGCUUAUCCAGUACAUGGGUUGCCAUGUAUUGGGAUGAAUCUUCAUUAGAACUGUAUUUAUAAACUAGAACUGUUUUUUAUAUUGUGUAGACUUUACACAGUUGCACUAUAGAGAUUACUGUAAAAGAAGAUGACACUGGCAUGCAGAAAUUGUUGCAGUUUAUGAUGCAAGUUUCCUUCCACAAUCCAAAGACAUAUGUCUCUAAACUGCCAGUAGUGUGUUCUGUGAUGGACUGCCAUCCCACCCAGGGUGUACCCCAGCCUUGUGCCCAGUGCAUCCUGGGAUACGCUCCAGGUGACCCUGACCAGGAUAGGCGGUUAGAAGAUGGAAGGGUGGGGCUUUGAUCUGACAAUCAAGUCAAUAAACAGGCAAGAUAUUUGCUUGAGAAUCUCAGUAUUGUGUGUCACGGUGAUAUAAAAUUGCCUUAGAAUACUUUCAGGUAUUAUUAAAACAAUAUUUAUAACAUUUAUAAACUAUUGUAUUCAUGCAGAAAUUUAUAAAUACAGACAUCCAUUAAUGAUACAUACGGUAAUAAAAAUGUUAUUGGCCAAUAGUAUUUUCACAGCUUCAAGGCUGAUUUUAAUCAGUUUUUUUAAACUCCCAAAUAGUUCUUUUGUCUUUACCUAGCAUAUGCACAAUUAAAAAAAAAUAAGAUAUGUGGUAGGCAAACCAAAGGGCAUUUCUUGCCAGUAUGCCUGUUUUACAGUUGCUUUGUAAUAUGUUUGCACUCUACUCUAUUAUAAUUCACUGUCAGUUGGAUAUUACAGAACAGUGUUAAUGUUAUUUUGUAUAUAUUUUUUUUUUACUCAUAAACGGUGAUUUUCUGAAGGAUAAUUACAGUGUGUGCUUUUUGGCAAGAGGAGCUUCAGAGAUUUGAUAGAUAUCAGGUUUUAUAUUGAGGGGAAAUCAAUAAAACUUGAGAGUAAAUUCUGGACGUGCUGCUUGCUUUGGCCCACUAUUGCUCUGCAGAGAAAUGGAAGCCAGUGGCCAAGAAACGGUUGCUUUAGAGGGCAGCGUGGCAUCUCGCUUUCCCAUUCUUAUUUCCUGCUGAGAUAAAGCGGCUGUGUGUCAUCCUGCAAUUCUCUCAAGUCUCUCUCCUUCAGAGGACUCUAAACUGAACUCAAUUCCAGCGUGCGGCUGUCAGCACAUUAUCCGGAAUGUUGACAUAACAGAGCCCUGUGCAGGUCCUCCAUGUAGAUCAGCGGCUCUUCAGUACAGAACGUAGGAGGUUGUUAGCAUCACACAUCUUUCUUCAGGCCUGAAAUGAUAAGCGAUUGCGAUCACCAUUAACCGCCCCGCAAGCUGCUCUUUAGUUGUUUUUGUUGAAUUGGGAGAUCAGGCCCGUAGCCGAGGUAACAGUUCGGUACUCUGCAUGUCUAUUGGUGGACAUGAUCAUUAUCCUUUAGAAUUUUCUGAAUAGGAUGCGAGAUGUAGCAGCAUUACAGCGCUGUGAAAGUGGACACAGUUAUUAUGUCUUUCAAGUCCUGUGUCUUUUUUGUCUGCCGGUGCUUUCUUGCUCUCUUCUUUUACACAGAUUUCACGAAAUUAAUUUCCUGUUGAAACAAUAUAGGGGUUUUAAAAGAUGUGGUUUUCAACAGGCAGCCAAGACUUUCUCAGAUAUCGAAACACUGUUGACCCAAUUACACUUCUGCAUUUAAAAUUAGCAUUGCUUUCUGACCGACUGUUGAACAAAACAAAUAUGCAAAGUGUUAACAUUUUAGGUGCUUUUAAUCUGAACUACGAUAAUCAAUCUGUGUUUUUUUUCUGCAUGCCUGGAUGACCCACAGUUAUAUGACUGACGAACGUGCCCAUGUUUUUCAGGUAAAGGAUUGAUUGUGUUCGGCUGGGUGGUUUUUCAGCCUGAAUGUGUAACUAUUUGUAAUACAUGCUAAAGAUGAAGGAAACAGGGCACUGAAAAGUUACCUCCCUAGACCGGCAUUUCCUAAUCACAAUAUGGAAAACAGACAAAACAAAGCAACUGUCCCAACUAAAGUAAAAUGGCCACCUGAACACAAGCCAAAGAUUAGACAGCAAUUCAAAGCAGGUACGCACCAUAAGAUAAAUACUGUUAUUACCCAUUAUACAUUGUGUCGUUUGAAUUUGGUCGUCAUAGAAUUUGCACAUUUUAGUCGUCUAGUUCAGGUUAUUUAUUAGUGAAUGCCGAAUCCCAGUUUAUCAAACCUUCUUUGAAUUUACCUCAAAGUAAAUUAUUGUGUAAAAUAAUUUUGUAUGUGGAUUUUAUAAAAACAAACUUUUACUAUUAUUAUUGUUAUUAUUAUUCUUCAGGCCAAUCAGAAAAUUCUAACCAAUAUCAACAUUUUCUUGACUACAUGUAUGCUGUUUGUCACACGGAAUAACCACUGAAAUACUAUAAUGUAAAACAAGAGAAGAAAAUGAGAAGAAUCACUAUUAAGUCUUAAAUAUUGUGCUACUUUGUUUGUAUUUUUACAGUCACAUUACAGAUGAAUUAUAUAGUGAAUAAAACAUGUGGAUGACGUUUUGUACAACAGUGAGAAUAUAUUUUUCAAUUUCAGUUAAAAUACUUUUUAAAAUACUGAUUUAUUAAAAGGAUUUUUCGGUCGAAUAUUUCUGCUUUGACCUAAAAGUCUUCCUUUGAUCUUAUGGAACUUUCUUGCACACAUUUUUGAAGGGGCAGAGAAUUUUAUUUGCAGUGAAGGAUGACUGUUGCAUACCAAAUGAUAAUUACUAUCGCCUUAAAAAUGAGUUUGGAUUAGACAAGGGCUUCUAAAGUACAGAGAAAAGGGAAAUGAGUCUUACUGCCUUCUGUUGAUUUGUUUCUUCAGCUGAAGCAAACAUUCAGCGGUUUCAGACAAACAGUCGCAGGAUAAAUGCAGAUGAUUCAGGGUUUAAUGUUAAUAAAUGUGAUACUAAAAAACUGA